AUGGAAGCCAGCUCAUCUGUAUUCCUCGUGUCACUUCAGCCAGCACGGUCUGAAGUGAUCGACUUUUCGGCACCGUACUACUUCUCCGGAGUUUCCUUCCUGGCGGCGCCAAGCCAGCGGACAGACAUUCCCCUCCUGGCUUUCCUACUACCCUUCUCACCGGAACUUUGGGUAGCCAUAUUUACCUCGCUCAAUGUGACUGCUGUAGCUGUCGCUAUCUACGAAUGGUUGUCUCCUUUCGGGCUCAACCCUUGGGGUCGCCAGAGAACUAAGAACUUCAGGUGA